AUGAAAUGUGAUGGACUGAGAGAGUGUGAGAUAAACACUCGAGGACUGGAACAAGAUCCAUGUUUUGGCACCUACAAGUACUACACUACCAACCACAUUUGCAUCCCAGCAGAAACAAGUGUGACUUGUCAGGAUGGAUACAGUUACUUGAAAUGUGAUAACGGUAGGAUUCAGAUAAAUACUGCAAACUAUGGACGUACAGAUAAAACCACCUGCUCUGAAGGACGUCCAUCCGAACAGCUCCAAAACACCAACUGCUAUUCACCCAAUGCACUGGCUCCUGUGUCCAAAAGGAAGAGUUUAGAACAGAGGUGUCCAAACUCUGUCCUGGAGGGCCGGUGUCCUGCAGAGUUUAACGCCAACUUGCCUCAGCACACCUGCCUAGAAGUUUGUAGUAUGCCUAAUUAUGGUGUUCACUUUACUAAACUGCUCUUGCAUCCUCUGUGUUCUGUAGGUUCAAGUGUGAUCUGCGAACAUGCAAAUAAUACCCUGAUGUGUGAUCAAGGGACUGUCAUACGCAUUCACAGCGCUAACUACGGCCGAACUGACAGCAACACGUGCUGUACUGGACGACCUGCUUCUCAGCUACGCCUCAAACUCCCAGGCAAUGGCUACUUAUGUAAAAUCUCAUUGAGAUUAAAAUCUUUGACAAUUUACUUAUUUAAUUUUUGUUGGUGUGAAGGAAAAAAUAGCUGCUCCCUAGUCGCCUCCAAUGGCGUCUUCUCAGAUCCAUGCACUAACACAUUCAAGUAUCCGUACGUCUCUUACAGCUGCAUACAUAACUGUAAGUGUUACUGUGUACAGUGA